AUGGCUGAAGCCGUUGCUGAUCACCCGGCCAAGGUCGUGUCCGAGGCCCAUGGCGUCGACACUUUCCGUAAGAACCAAUUCCCCAUCGCCAAAUCGGCAACCAAGAUUGCGCAUACUAACCUUUUUGUAGACCCUCCCCAGAAGAUGUUUGAGAGUAUGCUUUUGGCUCCUCCCCUCCAGAAUUGGCUUGAAGUUGAACUGUUUUUGUUGGCUAACCGACGCUUUCACUCUAUCAGAGCAUCCCAGCAAGCCCCACAUUUCAAGUAAGUAGGAAGACAUCCGCUUUACCGACGCUGUGAUUGGUCAAUGUCCCACGUUCCUCGAGAGAUGUCCGGCUGCCGGGCUCUUGAGCGCACUUCUCUCGGUCGCACUUGUUCACCGUGCUAACAAGUCUCCGUCGCUAGAUUUAGAAGAGUACCAACAACUGUACAAGGAGUCCAUCACAAAGCCCCACCAGUUCUGGGGCCGCAAAGCUCGCGAGCUUCUCAGCUGGUCCCGCGACUUCCAGACCGUCCACAGCGGCUCGUUCGAACACGGAGACAACGCUUGGUUCGUCGAGGGUCAGCUGAAUGCUUCCUACAACUGCGUCGACAGACACGCCCACGCAGACCCUAACCGAGUCGCCAUCAUCUACGAAGCCGAUGACCCCAGCGAUGGCCGCAACGUCACAUAUGGCGAGCUCCUGCGGGAAGUCUCCAGGACCGCCUGGGUCCUCAAGCAGAUGGGUGUCCGAAAGGGCGAUACUGUUGCCAUCUACCUGCCCAUGAUUCCCGAGGCCAUCAUUGCCAUCCUCGCUUGCUCCCGUAUCGGUGCUAUCCACUCAGUUAUUUUCGCCGGUUUCUCAUCCGACUCCCUGCGCGACCGUGUGACCGAUGCUGGGUCCAAGGUUGUUAUCACCACGGAUGAGGGCAAGCGUGGUGGUAAGUUGAUUGGAACCAAGAAGAUCGUCGACGAUGCCUUGAAGCAGUGCCCCGAUGUAUCCCACGUUCUGGUGUACAAGCGCACUGGCUCUGAGAUCCCCUGGACCGAGGGCCGUGACUACUGGUGGCACGAGGAGAUUGAGAAGUGGCCUGCCUAUAUCUCCCCCGAGCCGGUGAACUCUGAGGACCCCCUUUUCCUUCUCUACACAUCCGGGUCGACCGGCAAGCCCAAGGGUGUUUUGCACUCUACCGGUGGAUACCUGCUUGGAUGUGCUAUGACUGGAAAGUACGUCUUCGAUAUCCACCCUGGCGAUCGCUACUUCUGUGGUGGUGAUGUUGGCUGGAUUACCGGCCACUCUUAUGUCGUGUACGCCCCUCUUCUUUUGGGUGUUACUACAGUCGUUUUCGAAGGCACCCCCGCCUAUCCCAACUUCUCGAGAUACUGGGACAUCAUUGAGAAGCACAAAGUCACACAGUUCUACGUCGCCCCCACCGCCCUGAGACUGCUCAAGCGCGCUGGUGAUGAGCACGUCAAGGCACAGAUGAAGGACCUCCGUGUUCUUGGCUCCGUCGGCGAGCCCAUUGCAGCUGAGAUCUGGAAGUGGUACUUCGAGGUUGUCGGUCACGAGGAGGCUCACGUUGUUGAUGUAAGUUCAAGAAGAUCUGUGUCUACCCUGGUUGUUCCAGUGCUAACUUCAAUUGAAAGACCUACUGGCAAACAGAGACCGGAUCUAACGUCAUCUGCCCUCUGGGUGGUGUUACACCUACCAAGCCUGGUAGCGCUUCUCUGCCUUUCUUUGGCAUUGAGCCCGCAAUCAUCGACCCUGUCUCCGGAGAGGAGAUCCACGGCAACGACGUUGAGGGCGUUCUCGCAUUCAAGCAGCCAUGGCCCAGCAUGGCCCGCACGGUGUAUGGUGCCCACAAGCGAUACAUGGAUACCUACCUGAAUGUGUACAAGGGCUACUACGUGAGUUAUAUAUCCCCCUUUGGUGGGUAACUGGGUACCUUGACUAAUGCAUAUCUUUUAGUUCACCGGUGACGGCGCUGGCAGGGAUCACGAAGGCUUUUACUGGAUCCGCGGACGUGUUGACGAUGUUGUCAACGUCAGUGGUCACCGUCUGUCCACCGCUGAGAUUGAGGCUGCUCUGAUUGAGCAUCACUCUGUCGCCGAGGCUGCUGUGGUUGGUGUUGCUGAUGAGCUCACCGGCCAGGCUGUCAACGCCUUUGUCGCUGUCAAGGCAGGACAGGAGGCCAACGAUGCGCUGCGAAAGGAGCUCAUCAUGCAGGUCCGCCGAAGCAUUGGUCCCUUUGCGGCCCCCAAGGCCGUUUACAUCGUGCCCGACAUGCCCAAGACUCGCAGUGGCAAGAUUAUGCGUCGUGUUCUGAGGAAGAUCCUCGCCGGUGAGGAGGACCAAUUGGGAGAUAUCACAACGGUAUGUUUGCCUGUUUCACUCAUUCUCCUACGACUGCGCAUUUGGCUAACUGAAAUAUCUACACAGCUGUCUGA